AGACGCAAUUACCCAGUUACAUGCCCAAUUCAAUAAAUUGUGUAAAAUUCCAUGUAUAGUGAUUCUAUUAUUUAGUCUGGCUGGACCGUCUGGAUGCAAAUGUCUACUAAGAACUUGACCGUGGAAAGGUUGAUUGCGCCAUGAGUCGCAUGAGCUCAAGGGACGCUUCCGCAGGCCUUCAGGGGACGACAGAGGUAGAGGUGCAACCACCGGCCGUGGACUGGCGUACAGACUCCUCGACGAUCAAGGAAAAGCUGUACAAUUCUCUGCUCACGGGCUGCUUCUCCGACAUUCGGUUUAUCGUGGGCCAGACUCAAAAGAAGGAAAUUGCUGCUCAUCGAUACAUUUUGUUCCUCAACUCCCCCGUGUUUGAAACACUGCUGGACGGGUCGCACAAAGCGGUCAAUGUCACAAUUGCAGAUGUUGAGCCAGAAGCCUUCUUUUCUUUUCUAAAGUUUUUGUACACGGAUGAAUUUGAUGUGCACGUGAGAGAUGCGACUGCAGUUUUAUACUUGUCAAAGAAAUAUGACGUGCCUCGUCUUGCGGCAUUAAGUGCGGAACACAUAAAGAAGAACAUCAGCACCAACAAUGUCGUGAGCGUUUUAUUGAGCGCAGAAAGUUUGGGAGAAAACAGCAUUUCAUUUCAAGCUCGAUACUUCCUGAGAACGAAUAUUCGCUAUGUGAUUCACGAGCAAGACUUUCUCCGUUUAAACGAAGAAGAGCUUUGUCAAAUUUUUGCCAGUGAUGAACUUUCAGUAUCUGAAAUGGAGUUAUUUAAUGCUGCCGUUCAUUGGGCGAUCGAGGAAUGCAAACGGCAAAAAUUAGAAAGCACUCCUCAAAACUAUAGAUUCGUUUUGAAAAAUGUUAUUCAACUGAUACGAUUUCCACUCAUGGAUCGGAAGGAAUUUACACUGCAUGUGGCUACCAAAAAUGUGCUCACAGACUCUGAAUGCUUAAAUGUCAUGAUGCACUGGGAUGUGACCCCAAAAGAAAGAGCAACUCUGCCACCAUUAAUGUUCAUAAAUAAGCCACGAACGGAGACAAACAUUUCAUCCGACGCUGUAUCAUCCUAUCUGCCACAAGAAACUUUGAUGAUGAUGUCACCAAGAGAGAUGAUGGACCAGUCAUACUAUUAUGACACAGGCCCAAUGGCUGUCAGAGGAUACCGAUCCACCCAGUCGAAACCUCCACCCCCACCACGCAGAACUCAUGCCAUAACCCCCACUAAACGUCACCACAACAACGUGCUGCACGCCCACGCCCAGCAGCCAGGAAGCUUGCAACCCUUCAGCUAUCUCCCAGACCCCUACACCGGCACUGUUUCGUACCCCCAAAGUUAUGGCGAAUUUUAAAAAAUUCUCUAAAAAAACUUUCAAGCUGUCUCCAGAAAACUGGAGACUCCGGUUUUAGUGUAAGCGUAAGGUGUAGUAAUUGUACAUUCUUUACCAUAAUCACCCAACUAUUUCCAAAUUAUAAACCGAUUGUCAUCCUCAUGUUUUGGAGAAAUGUAGUAAAAUAAUGUAACAAAAUAAAAUAAAAUUUCACUAUCAAUAAAAAUAUCCGUGCAUUUACAUGA